GCCGACAGUUCGACAUUUGAAAAGUAUUGUUCACCCUAGAGGUAUCUAUAGUCGUCCGCAGAGAGAAUCUUCAGAUCAGUGGCAACUAACCUAUCUUUGGCUGGCUAGUGAAGAAACAGGUCCCAUAGAAAAGUAUCUACUCUGCACUUGCAACAUAAUCAGUACAAAUACAGUUGUUGAUUAGAUUCGUGUUGCAGUUAACGUUUAUCAUCGUUAAGAUUCAUUUCUUUUGGAAAUAAAAUAAUUAUUUUAUUUUGUUAAAAGUGUCUGACAUUUUGUUUUUAAAUUGUUGAUUUUUUAAAAAAUAUAUUUAAAUCAUGCCAUAUGCACAAGAAAACAACGAAAACACUGCCACCGAGCAGAUGUGCAAAUCCGACACAAUAAAGCUACGAAAUAAACACAUUGGUAAAGCGUGCCAGCUAUUUUAUAGAACAGAUCCACUUAAGAUAGUACGUGGUCAAGGUCAAUAUAUGUUUGACGAACAAGGCACUCGUUAUUUGGAUUGUAUUAAUAAUGUAGCCCACGUUGGUCAUUGCCAUCCAAAAGUUGUGAAGGCUGGAAGCUCUCAAAUGGCGACAUUAUCAACCAACAACCGCUUUUUGCAUGAUGAAUUGGUUCAGUGUGCACAAAAUCUGACAAACAAGUUGCCCUCCGAAUUAACCGUGUGCUUCUUUGUGAAUUCUGGAUCAGAGGCUAAUGAUUUGGCAUUAAGACUGGCCAGGAACCAUACCAAGCGGAAGGACAUUAUUACUUUGGACCAUGCCUAUCAUGGUCAUCUUCAAUCGGUGAUGGAGAUCUCUCCCUAUAAGUUCAACCAACCUGGUGGUGAUAAUAAGCCUGAUUUUGUCCAUGUAGCUGCUUGUCCAGACAUUUAUGGAGGAAAGUAUGCGGAUAAGGAUCAUCCUAACGAAGACAUGGCUUCGGUUUAUGCCAAAGACAUUGAUACGAUCCUUGAGGGUUUGAGAGCUGAAGGUAAAGGCGUUGCUGGUUUCAUUGCUGAAAGCUUACAAAGCUGCGGUGGGCAGAUCAUUCCUCCGGAGGGUUAUUUUAAACGGGUCUUUAAUGCUGUUCGGGCUGCAGGUGGAGUUUGUAUUUUGGACGAAGUUCAAGUUGGCUUCGGGCGAGUGGGAUCACACUAUUGGGCCUUCGAAAUGCAAGACGUAGUCCCAGACAUAGUUACCGUCGCUAAACCAAUGGGUAAUGGACACCCAGUUGGAGCUGUGGUAACAACUCAGGAGAUUGCUGAUUCAUUUGCCGCCACAGGUGUGGCCUAUUUCAAUACAUACGGAGGUAAUCCGGUAUCGUGUGCCAUUGCUAAUGCCGUAAUGGGAGUUAUUGAUGAAGAGAAUUUACAAGAGAACGCCUUAAAAGUUGGUCAAUAUCUUCUCAAGCAAUGCGAAGCACUCACUUACGAGUACGAUUGCAUUGGUGAUGUUCGUGGAACCGGUCUAUUUGUUGGCAUUGAGUUGGUCAAGAACAAGGCUAGUCGCGAAGCAGCUACUGAAUCAGCACAUUGGGUUGUCAAUAGAAUGAAGAAUGUUCAUAAGAUCUUGGUCAGUUCUGAUGGACCCCGUGACAAUGUCAUCAAGUUAAAGCCUCCAAUGGUGUUUAAUAUUGAAAAUGCCGAUGAAUUUUUGCUUGGUUUUCGAGAAUGUCUAUCAGAAUUGGAGAAGAAUCGUAGACCGUUGGUGAAUGGAAAUGUUACAAGUUGUAGUAUGCCCAAUAAUAGCUUACAUGAAAAGCGAGAGCAGCUGAUUAAGUCGCUUUAAAUUGUUUAUCUUUUUCUAUGGCCUUUAUAAGGUUUUUUUUUUAAACAUACAUAUACGUAUACAUAUAUACAUAGGUGGUCUUAGUUCUAGUAUCUAGAAUUGUUAUGAUAAUUUUUAGAAAACAUUACAUAAAAAAUAUUUUUGAAAUCUAAUAUAUUUUUUUAGAAUUACCUUAAGAUUUCAAAUGGAAAUUGUUAAAAAUAUAUACAAAAGUUAUUAAUAAUAAAACAAAUAUAACAGUAAUUAAUAAUAAAAUGGUUUUGUAUGAUGCAUGCGGUACAAUGGA